UUGGCCUCGCGCCCGCCGCCGGCUGCCGGGCUGAGGUUGAGCGGGCCGCAGCUACCCCGGCCGACGCGCACCCUCGACGUCCCUGCGCCCGCCUGGGGACGGUGUGGACGUCGCAGGUAGCCGGGAAACGUUAUUUAAUGAAAAGUUCAUGCUUGCAGAGUAAACAUGGCGGGCUUCCUAGAUAACUUCCGAUGGCCGGAGUGUGAGUGCAUCGACUGGAGCGAGAGGAGAAACACCGUGGCCUCUGUGGUUGCAGGCAUAUUGUUUUUUACAGGUUGGUGGAUAAUGAUCGAUGCCGCGGUGGUCUAUCCUAAGCCUGAGCAGUUGAACCACGCUUUUCACACAUGUGGUGUGUUUUCCACACUGGCUUUCUUCAUGAUAAACGCCGUAUCCAACGCGCAGGUGAGAGGCGACAGCUAUGAGAGCGGCUGUUUGGGACGGACAGGUGCCCGCGUCUGGCUCUUCAUCGGCUUCAUGCUGAUGUUCGGCUCACUCAUCGCCUCCAUGUGGAUCCUCUUUGGUGCUUACGUCACUCAGAAUAUUGAUGUUUAUCCUGGACUAGCUGUGUUCUUUCAAAAUGCUCUUAUAUUUUUUAGCACUCUGAUCUACAAAUUCGGAAGAACUGAAGAGCUCUGGACUUGAGAUCGCCUCUCAAAUUGCACCCUCCUCUUGUUCAGUUCUGUUCUUAGAUCACUUUAUCUCUGGUAUAAUUUACACAUUGCCAAAUGGAACAGAUUGUACACUGAGUGUUUGAUUUCUUCACAGUUUUAUGCUCUGAGAUUAGAAUUGCUCUUGCAAAAUGUCUGUCUUGGUUUUUCAUUGGCGGACAAGUUAAUAUGUACAUAAUCCACAACCACACAAUACAUAAUACGUGAUGCUGGAUGUCAGGGUUUAUUCCGAGGCGCUCAGAUUAGUAUGUGUCUUAAGCUGGGGUUCUAUUGUCUUGGUGUUUAGAGGUAAAUACUCUGUCUUGGUGUCUGAUGUUGGACAGUGAACAAAAUGCACAGCUCCACGUCUCUGCAGUGGCCUGAGCUGUCAGAGAAGGCGUGCACAUUUGCCAGCUGUAAUUUAUUUUGGCUUGGAAAUGAGACUUUUUUAAAAGGAAAAAUGUUUGUGUGUAUGUAUAUAUUAGAGAACUGGACUUUUUAUAUGAAGACUUUUUAAAUGCUCAAAGGCCUAGUUUGAAGCCCCCUUUAAAAAGAAUUCCUCACCCGUGACUUUUAUUUGAGAAGGGAUAACACUCUCAGAAAAGCUCUAUUUGUUGGAGUUAAUGUAAAAGGACUGCAGGUGGCUGAACAGUGUGCUCCCGGUUGUCUCCUAUGGCUCAACACCAUCCGGCAUCACACGCUCAAGCAGUGACCCUGACAUACAUGUCACAAAAAGUGGAAUAAUUAGAUUGCUUCCUGAAGGGCCACAGCCAUUUGAUUCUCCUAGCCCUUGGCUCCCAUGCUCUUGUCUCUGGCUUCAGGUGACCAGAUGCUGCACAACAGCUCGUGUGCUGAAAGCCACGCUCCACCCCGGAAGCCCCUCCGCCACGUCUGAGUGCUUGCCCCAUGUCUCUUCCUCCAGGCUUUCCUUUGUUGUGAAGAUUCUGUAUUGCACUCUUAACCCCAGAGGGAUUUUUAUAAAACCUUUUGCAGAAAACAAUAAUAUUAGUGGUAGAAUAUGCAACUUUCAAUGCAGGCCUUACGUUUCUUAGCUUGCCUCCCCGAGAGAGAGGCCUCACCAAGCAUAGCGCGUGAAGCGGCUGCGGAUUGCUGCGCCUUCAUCUAGAUGCGUCUCGCUUCGUGACUCCGCUGUCAGCCCUUCAAAAUGCUGCUUUGUCUGGCUUCCGGAACACGGCGAAGCUAAUCACACAUUUCCAUUCUUAGAGUCUAAUGCAAUAAAUAUUCCUCGUACCCGCACUGUACAGCUAGGUGUGCUGGGGACAUGAUCCGCAGCCCCGCUCUCUGUUAUUCUCCAUUGUCCCAGUUAACCCUAUCCAAGACACAUGACUUCAGCACGCCAGUGUGGAGGUUUAUGAAGGGCAGCCCUGAAGACCGACUGACAAUGCUGCUGGCUUCUUUUGUGUUCAUGAAUUUUGGUUUAGUUGUGAGCAUUCUGUUGAUUUUCUCUGUUACCUCAAUAAAUGAGAGACGCUGUUAGCGCCCUCUCCCAGGUGUUGUGAUCAGUAGAAGAAGCCUCGGUGAUCCUCUAAAUGCACAUGAUUCUCCUAAUAAAAGUCUUUAUUUGUUACUCAA